AGUUGAUUGAUAAGCGUGAUGCCAGCUGCACCCGGGCGUUCAUCUAAAUCUGGCAGCAGCAGCAAGCCGCCGAAGCCAUCGGCAACAACUACAUCUAGUCACGAGUCGAACAGAACUUCGUCAAAGCGGGACUCUUCGUCUUCAAAGAAACGAGCAGAAACAUGGACCGAAAACGAGUUACUAGAGGAGUUGAAUUCUACAGGAAAGAAGUCUUUAUCGAAGAGUAGUAGAGAAAGUGGAAAAGACAAUAGAUCACGUGACGAAGGCGGGCGUGAUCGGAAGAAACGAGACGAAAUGGCAGAAGAAAGAGCAGAGCGGAAACGUCGUGAAAAACAAGAAUCGGAAAAUGGACAGCGAGUAAGCGAGUCUAAAAAUCGAAAUCGCGAUGGCCGAGAGAGUUCGGGAAAAGGAAGUCGCUCGAAAGAACCAACAGAAACGCCUGAAGAAAGAUCCGAAAGGAAGCGGAGAGAGAAAGAAAAAGAAAAGGAGAAAUCUCGUCAUGAGAAUGGCAACGGAGAUGGGUCACGUAAUAAGAGCGAAAGCAGUACCCGGAAACGUCCGGAUGAAACUCCUGAAGAGCGAGCAGAGAGGAAGAAACGGGAACGCGAAGAGCGAGAAGUGAGAUCGAGUAACGCUGAAGGAAAAGAGAAGCGACGUGAAACUUCUGAAGAGCGAGCUGAACGAAAGAGGCGCGAGCGUGAAGGGAAAAGUAGUUCACAUAAAGAGGAAACUCCUGAAGAGCGGCACGAACGAAAGAAACGAGAAAGGGCCGAACGAAAAGCACGGGAAGAGGCGGAGGAAAAGGGGAAAAAGGACGAAGAUGGUGAGCGUAGCGAACAUCGACGACGCCGGAAACAUGACGAGACACCAGAAGAACGGGCAGAGAGAAAAGCGAGAGAGCGAAAAGAAAAGGAACAGAGAGAUGAAGAAACGGAAAAGGUUAGGGAUGAUGUAAAGGGUAUAUCGAAUGGUAAAUAUGGAGUCACUAACAGCCAGGAAAAUGAAGGCGAGGAUGAAUAUUUGGACGAUUAUGCUGAUGAUUUUGAGGAAUAUAACUACGAAGAUGAUUUCGACCAGGACGAAAGUCGAGAAUCUUUGGGAAAAGAAGAACAAAAGCCGGAUGAAUCAUGGAAUGAAAAUGACGACAACAAUGUUGGCGAAGACGACAGAAAUGAACAUAGUGUUACACAUCAACAGAAUCGUCGACUUGCAGAGCCUAAAGAAGAAGUUAAAAAAGACUACAGUUCUACAUUUUCCGUGCAAGGAUACGGGCCUCAACUUUCUCACGGGAAAAGAUUUGCGAUAGCUGAAAUCUUUAAGCAACGAAGUUUUGCUCUAUUAAACAGAAUAGAACUGGACUAUUAUUCGUCGUCUAUGUUUGAUCUAAACCCACUUUCUGAGUAUGAAAUGUUUAUGAGGAAGUUUGGAUACUCGGAUACGACUCAAGUGGCAUGUCAAACGAGAGAUGACAACGUCGAGGUCGAAGUUCAGACAGAGCCACCCGAGAGAUGCGAGUCUUGGACUCAGUAUCCGACAGGCAGUAGGCGAGUGGCGAGCAAAACGACAGACGCCGAGAGCUCUUCGGAUAGUCUGAGCUUCUCAACUGAGCCGAGUUCAAUAUCUACUUCAACUGAGUCCUCAGAUUUGAAAGUGACUGAUUUUUCACUUGUUUCGGAUACCAGAAAGCUGAAUCAGUUUCUUAUGAAGUCCUCGAAGCUAGUCAGUUCAGUUCUCGGAUCCAAAGAGACAUUGGGUCAAGCUGGAAAAGCGAAAAGUUAUUUCGAAAUUGCGGACACUUUUUCAAACAUGAUUAUAUCGCAGAGCGAGCCUUUUCUGACCAACAGAGAUGUAGUUUCGAUGUCAAACAAUGAUUUCAAAGUGGUUGUUUGCUUGAGGAAAAACAAAAACGAAAGUGCGUUUGCGGAAAAUGGUUUGAUUUGUGUUUACAGCAAUGCUUCGUUGAAGAAACCGACUCAUUAUUUGGCUUGUUUCUCGGAAUUAUCGACGUGUUUUAUUACCAAAAAUCCAAACAUUGCCGUCGUUUUUGGAGGCGCGGUAGAUGGUGUUAUUUACAUGUGGGACCUAAAUAAAGGAGACCCUAUCAAAAAGGUAAUCACCGUUAGUCCAACGUGCUCUGUUGAAGUCAUAUACGAGUCAUUCUCUACAGCGCUUUCGUUGAGAAACUGCUCACCGGAAGGUUCUCACAAAAGUGCGGUCAGGCAGUUGAUUUGUCCGGAAAUAGACGAGUCAUUUUCGAGUUCAAGACGCCAAUUUCAAAUAUCUUCAGUUGACGAGACGGGAGUUGUGAUGUUUUGGACAUAUCACAUGUCGGAAAACGACCAGGAGCUCACAUUGCUCCCUGGUAGUGCCUCGAAGUUUUCGAUGUCGCAUCAUUUUGACAUGUGCCAAAAUGGAGAGAUCUCCGGAUUCGAUGCUGGAAUGCUUAACUGGCUGGCGUUUCACCCAAACCAUCCCUCGAAAGCGUUUUUAGCUACGUCCAAUAGUGCAAUACUUCAAAUGGAUUGCUUCAACGAAGCUUUGCUCCCCAAAAUGUACCGACCCAAAAGCGGAUCUCAAGUAUCUCAAAUCCUGUUCUGUCCAAUAAAAUUGGUAGAUCUUUUUGUGGCUUGUAUGGACGACGGAACCAUAAGUCUAUUCACACUUGCGAAGCAACAUCCUAUCGCGUCAUUCACAGGAGCUGCUGUUGAGACCGGUUGUGUUGAUUGUAUAUGGGAUCCCAACUUCCCAAUGGUUCUUUUUGUCCUCACCAAAACUUCAGUUCUAGUUGUGGACGUGACAAAUAUCUCCCACGGAUCGUUUGCAGAGUGUAAACUUCGUGACUAUGCUUCGGAUCCAAUUGGUCUUGGCCUCUGGCGCAACUCGGCCACCAAGCGUUUCGUUUUGACUGUGGCGUACAAAAGCGGAGAUUUUGAGUUCCAUGACUUGUUGAAUAACUUCAUGAAGAUCCAAUCUGCCGAGGAGCAAAAUAGAGUGUUGAGGUAUUUCGUGGAAAGAGAAUUGAUGCCGAAAAUAUAAAUAGUUGUCUCAGACGUGCCAAGAAUUCCAACAGCGACUGGAGCUGGUUAAAUUAUGAAUACCUUCUGGAAGUAAUAGCUAGUUUUCAUCUUGUCUUCUAAAUAACUGUGCUAUAUAAUUCAUGUGUCACCACCACCACCAGUGUCUGAAUCGCAUGAUAGAAAAAUAAAAUGUUGGUUACAAGAACAAAAAAUGAGAUGAAAACUAAGUGCAAACGAAUGUUGUUAAUUUGGUGGAAUGUAAAUUUCUCUGUCCUAAUAUCGAUGUAAAUAUGUAAAUAAUUAGUAUAAAUUGCAAAAUCAUAUCAUUUA